AAGUGCAAUGUCUGCAGGUUUCCAUUCUGCAUCACAUGCUCUCUGCGUCCUUUUCGUAUUCCAAAACCUUAGCUUCAAUAAAAACCAUUUUAAAAAUGGCGAAAAAAAAUAAAAGAAGCCUUUUCUCUUUAAUGCAUUAGAGUAUUGUUUCCUCUGUAUUUGGAGUUAAUUUUUAUGUAUACAUUUCCACUGACAUUCCACACAUCUUUUGACUUCACCUUCAUUGGUUCUGCAUUCUGAUUUUUCUCAUCAACCAUUGACGCCAAUCUCUUGUUUCCAUCACAUUUAUUAUUCAUUUUAUUCGUCUUCUUCAUUCAGGUGGACAUUGAGCAAUGAGCUUGUAGGAGAUUUAGUUGGUUAUUGAGAUGGACAAGAGGAAUUGGUUAUGGAAACGGCGCUCUUCUGAGAAGAGCAUGGGUGAAACUGAGAGUUCUGGUUCAUUGUCUUCACAUUCAGAGAGACAUUCUGAUGAGCAGGAUCCGUUAAAAGAAACUCCAGAAAAUGACAACCAAUCACCGGAAGUAACCUCAAAAGCUGUAACUAUUGAUCAUGAAGCCAAGGGAAGUCCAAAGAAGUUGAUAGAAAAGCUAUCAGCUGCUCUAGUUAAUGUUAGUGCAAAAGAAGACUUAGUUAAGCAGCAUGCUAAAGUGGCAGAGGAAGCUGUUGCAGGUUGGGAAAAGGCAGAAAAUGAGGUUGCAGUUCUAAAGCAGCAACUUGAGGCAGCUGUGCAGCAGAACUCGACUUUGGAUGUUCGUGUCAACCAUCUUAAUGGUGCUCUCAAGGAAUGUGUCAGACAGCUGAGACAAGCUAGAGAUGAGCAGGAGCAAAGUAUUCAAUAUGCUGUGGUAGAGAAGGAAAAGGAAUGGGCGUCUGAAAAAGCUGCACUUGAAUAUCAGCUACUUGAGCUUCAGACACAAGCAGAGGCUAGUAGAACUGGUUCUCUUGUUUUUACUGAUCCAAGUGUUCUGGUUAGGCUCGAGUGUCUAGAGAAGGAGAACACAGCUCUCAAACUUGACCUUUCAUCUUGUUCAGAGGAGUUGCAAAUAAGGACCACAGAGAGGGACUUGAGCAACCAAGCAGCAGAAACUGCUAGUAAGCAGCAGUUAGAGAGCAUAAAGAAGGUGACCAAGCUUGAAGCUGAGUGUCGAAGACUACAAGUCUUGGCUCGCAAAUCAUCCCUACUCAGUGACCAAAGAUCUUAUGCUAUUUCAUCUUUCUCUGUUGAGUCCUUCACCAAUAGCCAAUCCAGUAGUGGAGAUCGACUGAAGACAGUCGACACUGAUAGCCACAUGAUGCGCAGACUGGAAACAAGUGAAUGUGAUCAAAGUUGCUCUGAUUCGUGGGCAUCAGGACUAAUUGCUAAGCUCGAUCAAUUUCAGCACGAAAAAGCUAUGCCUAAAACUCUUGCUGCCCGGUCUUUGGAAAUUGACAUGAUGGAUGACUUCUUGGAGAUGGAGAGACUCGCUGCAGUAUCUGAAACUGUGAAUAAAGCCUCUUCACUUACAUCUGAUGCUGUUGCCGGUGACUCAUCAAGUGAAGAGAAUCCUCUGUCAGCAGAAUAUGAGACCCUUUCAAAAAGGGUGGUUGAAUUAGAGCAAAAGCUGGAGAAGAUUGAAGCAGAUAAAGCUGAACUGGAAAAUGCUUUAAGUGAGAGCCAAGAUGCCCUCAAGGUGUCCGAUUUGCAGCUUAAGGAUGCUCAAAUCAAGUUUGAAGAGCUGCUGAAGGAGCUAGAUGCAGUGAAUGAGUCAAAAGAGUUGCUUGAGUUUCAACUCUUUGGCAUGGAAGUAGAAGCACGGACAAUGUCUGCAAACAUUGAUUCUUUAAAGACAGAAGUCGAAAAAGAACGAUCAUUGUCAACUGAUAAGGAAACUAAGUGCCAGGAACUGGAAAUUGAACUAAGAAGGAAAUCACAGGAAUUUGAACUUCAGCAAGCUUCUAGUUCAAGUGGGGAAUCGAAAAUAAAGCAGGAAGAUUUAGCUGUAGCUGCUGACAAGCUUGCAGAAUGCCAGAAAACAAUUGCAUCUCUUGGUAAGCAGCUGCAUUCACUAGCUACUUUAGAAGAUUUCUUGAUAGACACUGCAAAUCUUCCUGGAUUUUCUGGGGAAGGAUCAGUUGUGGCUGGAGCUAGUGGAGAGGAAUGGAAGUUACAUGUAAACGAGACAUUUACCCGAAACAGCAAUUCAGACACUCCAAAGAUUGAGAAUUCUAGUCAUUCUAUGAACGGUAUUGAAGGAGAAUCAUCCUCUUCUUCGUCAUCAUCAUCAUCAGCUACUCAUCAAGUGACAACAUCCAAAAGUAGAAAUGGUUUUGGAAAGUUGUUUUCUCGAAGCAAGAGUGGAAUUCAGCUCUAAAAUGUAACAGUUGACAAAAUCAAAAGGGAUAUGACUAGAAGAAAGUCGAGAUGUAGAUGUCAGUGAGCAUUCACAUAGCCGAAUUAUAAUUUUCUUGAGAUUGAGCCGUCAUUGUUGCCAUCAUAUUUUCAUAUGGUUAUAAGUAGGAUAGCUGAUUAAUUUUUUUUUUAUUAGCAUCAUAUGUGCUUUUAUUGUUAAGAGAAUGUUCAUAUCUUUUAAAAAACAAACAGAACCAAAUAUGUCAUAUUAUAAAUCUGUGCGUGCAAGAUAACUUAAAGAUUGUAAA